CUUUGUGUGCGGCUGUGAGCUGGGGUCUGCGGGGCGCGGGCCGCAGCGGGCGGCGGCAUGGAGGAGCUGAGCAGCGUGGGCGAGCAGGUCUUCGCCGCCGAGUGCAUUCUGAGCAAGCGGCUCCGCAAGGGCAAGCUGGAGUACCUGGUCAAGUGGCGCGGCUGGUCCUCCAAACACAACAGCUGGGAGCCAGAAGAGAACAUCUUGGACCCAAGGCUGCUCCUAGCCUUCCAGAAGAAGGAACACGAGAAAGAGGUACAGAACCGGAAGAGAGGCAAGAGGCCCCGAGGCAGGCCAAGGAAACACACUGUCGUGUCCUCCUGCAGCCGGCGCUCAAAGCUCAAGGAACCAGACGCACCCUCCAAGUCUAAAUCUAGCAGCUCUUCCUCUUCCUCCACAUCUUCCUCCUCCUCUUCAGAUGAAGAAGAUGAUGACAGCGACCUGGACACCAAGAGGGGCCCCCGGGGCCGUGAAACCCACCCAGUGCCUCAGAAGAAAGCUCAGAUCCUGGUGGCCAAGCCAGAGCUGAAAGAUCCCAUCCGAAAGAAACGGGGACGCAAGCCCCUGCCGCCAGAACAGAAGGCGGCCCGGAGACCCGUGAGCCUGGCCAAGGUGCUAAAGACGACCAGGAAGGAUCUGGGGACCUCAGCCAGCAAGUUGCCCCCUCCACUCAGUGCUCCUGUGGCAGGCCUGGCCGCCCUGAAAGCCCACACCAAAGAGGCCUGCAGUGGCUCUGGCACUGUGGCAACCCCAGAGAACCUGGCUAGUCUCAUGAAAGGCAUGGCUGGGAGUCCCAACCGUAGUGCCAUCAGCUGGCAGAGCUCUUUCAUGCACUACAUGAAUCGCAUGAGCCAGAGUCAGGCUCAGAGCGCCAGCCGACUGGCCCUCAAGGCCCAGGCCGCCAACAAGUGCAGCCUGGGGCUGGACCUGAAAGUGAGGACGCAGAAAGGGGAUCCGGGGGUGAGCCCUCCAGGAAGCAAGGUCCCGAAGGCCCCCGGCAGCGGUGCUGCAGAGCUGCAGAAAGGGAGCGGUUCAGGGGGCCCAGGUUCCCAGCUGGUACCCACUCAGGAGCUAAGCCUUCAGGUCCUGGACUUACAGAGUGUCAAGAACGGUGUGCCUGGUAUGGGCCUGCUAGCUCGCCAUGCCACAGCCACCAAGGCCCUUCCUGCUACGAACCCCACCACUGGGAAAGGUCACAGUGGGGGUGGCCCCACAGGAGUAAACAUGACCGGCACCCCCACAGAUACCAACAAAGGCGAAAAACUGGCCUCCAAGGCGACAGCUCUGCCUGCACCUCCUGUCAAGAGGGACAGCAUUAAGUGCGCUGCUGCCUCCAGCGGGCAGGAGGGCCACCCAGUCCCAGGAGAAGGCCGCAAGGCACCCGCGCUGUCCGAGAUGAGCACAGGCGAGGACAAUAGCAGUUCUGACUCGGACCCUGACUCCUCCUCGCUCCCCAGCGCCGGGCAGAACCUGUCUGUAUCUAUCCAGACCAGCCAGGACUGGAAACCUACCCGCAGCCUCAUCGAGCACGUCUUCGUCACAGAUGUCACGGCCAACCUCAUCACUGUCACGGUGAAGGAGUCUCCCACCAGCGUGGGGUUCUUCAACCUGCGGCAUUACUGAGACCGAUGCCCACGUCGGACCUGCCUUCCGGUCUCUGGGUUUGUUCUGAUGCCUGACCCAGGAGCCAGCUCUGCUCUGUCACAAGAUGUAGGGCUGGGAACUGGCUUCCUGGCAAUUCUACCUCACUGGGCCUAUAAUUCACUCUGUGUCCUGUCACCUCAGGAAAGCU